AUAUUAAACAACUUGAUUUUUUCGAUUCGUUUCGCCGUUAAGUUUUGAAUCAGUUGUGUGUUCGAAAUCGAAUCGUGUGAUUAUUUUACUCACAGUGCGAUUUUUCUUUCAAAAUAUUUUGUUCACAACUUUUCAAGCGCAAAUUGGACCAUAUUUUUAACAAUUGGUCACACUCAUUUUUAAUUUAGUGCCUUAAGAGAUUAAUUUCAUUUUAUUAUAUUGCCCAAUUUUCUUUGAUAAAGUGAAAUUUUACUCGUUGAUUAUCACCGACAUAGCACCUGUAUCUUUUCCUGCUUCGUGAAAAGAUGGCAUUACUUGGAAUUUUCGACAUAUUCGAUCCUGCAUCGCUGUUGAUUCUUUUGGGAAUAAGCUUGAUUACAUUUUUGAUAAAGUACACACUAACUCAAUGUCAAAGAGACCCUCGUAUGGUGAAAUUUGCCAAAACCUUGCCAGGCCCUACAGCAUUGCCUUUGAUUGGGAAUAGUUUGAUGUUUCACUUCAAAGAAGAUCCGUUGAAGCUGGCUGUCAAAUACAAUAGAAAAUACGGCGAUACGUAUCGAUUGUGGUUAAGCAAAUACCUUGCGGUAACUUUUUGCAACGUUGACGAUUUAGAGAACGUUUUCAUGAACUCGAAAAUGUUGGGAAAACCGAAACUUUUUCAACCAUUUCAAGAUUUCUUUGGUGAUGGGAUAUUCAUUACACGCUCUAUUCCAAAAUGGAAAAAGCACAGAAAAUACUUUUUCCCCGUGCUAAGCCGCAAUGCAUUACCGAGAUACACAUCUAUAAUUAAUGAGAAAACUGAAUUUGUGGCUAAAAAAAUGCAAGAUUUAGUAGACGGUCCGGAAUUCGACGCUUGGGAUUACAUGCCGAACUUGGCUUUCGAUAUUAUUCUAAAAUCAGCAAUGAAUGUUGAUUUGGAUUGGAAUGAUAGUUCACUUCUGCAGUACUACAAUGCGACCCUUGAAGGCAUGGACAUAUGUUUUAGAAAAGUUCUAUCGCCUUGGUUGCAACACAAAGUCGUUAAUUACUUUUUAUACAAGAAGAAAUCUCAAAAACAUCGAAGAACAGCUGAAGAAUUCCUACGAAAACUGAUUAAAGAGAAAAAACAUGAAAUUUUAAGUGAAAUAGAAGCUCAUAAAAACAAAGUUGGAGCCAAUCCAGAAGAUGUUCCAGCAAAACGAUUUCUAACAUUAGCUUACGAAUUAUCGGAAUCAGAAAAUGAUGAAAACACUAUGCUUGAUGAACUUAUCAUAAUACUUGCAGGGGGGACAGAUCCAGCACUCAUAACUUCGUUGUUCCUAUUGAUGGUAGCUAUGCAUCCACAUAUACAGGAUAAAUUAUACGACGAGCUGUAUGAAAUUUUUGGAGACAGUGAUAGACCAGCUGAUGAAAAUGAUGUGGAACGAUUACCAUACCUGGAUCAAGUUAUAAAAGAAACCUUGCGAAGAUUUCCUUUGCCUAUGAUAGUUCGUGAAGCCGAAGAAGAUGUCAAAAUAGGAGAUCGAAUUAUUCCGGCAGAUACUAUUGUAAUUGUAUCGAUUUCUGCGGUACAUUUCAAUCCUAAAUACUACCCCGAUCCUUGGAAGUUCAAUCCGGAUCAUUUCAGCCCCGAAAAUGUAGGAAAACGUCCCAAAUUGGCAUUCUUAGCGUUCAGUGCCGGCCCCAGAAUGUGUAUAGGCUACAAUUUUGGUAUGCUCGAAACAAAACUAACCCUGAGUGCGUUGCUGAGAAAAUUCACGUUUUAUACAAAUAUGAAAUUGGAAGACGUUCAUACGGAUAAUGGAUUCGCAAUGACUUCUGUGAAUGGAUAUAAGUUGUCUAUUACAUCGCGAGUUAGGAAACCUUCUUAUUUAAAGAAAUAAAAUUUAUUAUUAGAUUGUAA